UAACAAUGCACAUGUGUAUUUUCAGUUCACAUUUCCAUUUCCUUCAUCAAUUCCAUCAAUAGUCACUUUUGGGCAUAGACCAGGAAACCGGAUCGUACCGGCCGGUUCAACCGAAAAUUGGACCAAAAGCGGUACGGUGGCCUGAUUGUGCUGAUUUUACCGUGCCGGCCGGUUUUUUCGGUUUGACCGGUUGAACCGGCCGGUACGAUCCGGUUUUCUGGUCUAUGAUUCAGCUUCAUUUCUCCGUAUUCUCGUCCAAUAUGUGGAAAAUAAUUAAAAAGAAUAUUAUUUUGCUAUUUUUCUAUGUUGAAAAUGGGUCACCGUGGUUGUAUAAUGCUCUAUUUGGUUCUUUUUUUGAUGGAUUAUAUUUUUUAUACUAUAGCAUUUCAUUUCUCUAUCAAUAGUGAAAAACGGUAUUUACCGGUACAAAACUGUUGAACCACGAUCGUACCACAAAAUACCAUACCAGAAAGGAAUCCGGUAUGAUGUCCGGUACGAUUUCCUUUACCAUGCUUUUGGGUGCAUCAAUAAUAUAGUAAUCAAAACCAAUCACCUAAAACUGUAGCGACUGUUUUUUUUUUUUUAAUUGUUUUUAUGUGUAGACUGGAAGCAAUGAUUAUUGCACACAUUUGUCAAUUUCGUAACGACAAAACGACGGCCGGCCACCCUUUCUAGUUUGUAUCAUGCAAUCGUCGCUAUUAUAGUAUCAACCACCCAGUAGUGUGCCAUAGCUGUGGCUGGUCUCUUGUUUCUCUCACUCGUGUAUAAGUAUAACAACAACAACAUCAUCACGGCAACAACUUCUUUGUGAAGAAACAUGGAGAAGGACUCUACCUCUGCUGUGGGAGCUGAUGCGCCAGCGAUUCCUCUGCUCACCCCGUACCAAAUGGGCAAGUUCCAUCUUUCUCAUCGGAUUGUUCUGGCGCCCUUGACUAGGCAGAGAUCUUAUGGAUAUGUACCACAGCCACAUGCCAUCUUGUAUUACUCACAGAGGACAACCAAAGGAGGUCUUCUCAUAGCUGAAGCCACUGCUGUUUCAGACACUGCUCAAGGGUAUAAAGAUGCUCCGGGGAUUUGGACCGAGGAGCAAGUUGAGGCCUGGAAACCCAUUGUGGAUGCUGUUCAUGCCAAGGGCGGCAUCUUUUUCUGUCAACUUUGGCAUGUUGGAAGGGUUUCGAAUGCAGGUUUCCAGCCCGAUGGCCAGGCUCCAAUCUCUUGUACGGACAAACCACUGAUCCCUCGAUCCAAUGGUGGUAACGUCAAUAGAUUCACACCUCCACGACGAUUAAGAACGGAAGAAAUUCCACAAAUUGUCAUUGAUUUCAGAAUUGCUGCCAAGAAUGCUAUUGAAGCAGGGUUUGAUGGGGUUGAGAUACAUGGGGCUCAUGGCUUCUUGAUUGAGCAGUUCAUGAAAGAUCAAGUGAAUGAUAGAACAGACCAAUACGGAGGUUCUCAAGAGAACCGCUGUCGAUUUGGUUUAGAAAUAGUUGAAGCUGUAAGCAAUGAGAUAGGAGCAGACAGAGUGGGGAUCAGGUUAUCUCCAUUUGCACCCUAUAACCAAUGCUCAGAUUCAAAACCAGAAGCUUUAGGCCUAUACAUGGCUGAAUCCCUCAACAGAUAUGGCAUUGCAUACUGCCACGUUGUCGAGCCGGGACAAAAGACUGGUGGAGAACAACUUCUAAGCGUUCUUCCCAUGAGAAAAGCUUUCAAUGGUAGUUUCUUGACCUCUGGAGGAUUUGAUAGGGAAGGCGGGAACAGAGCGCUAGCAGAGAAUCGUGCAGAUCUUGUAGCUUACGGCCGUUGGUUCUUGGCUAAUCCGGAUCUACCAAGGAGAUUUGAGCUGAAUGUUCCUCUCAACCAGUAUGAUACAAGUACGUUUUACACACCUGAUCCUGUCAUCGGGUAUACAGAUUAUCCAUUUUUUGUUUGAAAUGAAUCUAGAAGUCAUAAUUCAUGGCUGAUGAGAUUUGAUCUCGCUGCUCCGCUCAAGCAGUAUGAUGCACACACUCUUUGUACAUUUGAUCUUGGUUACCCAUUCUGUCUGAGAUGAAUGGAGCACUCGUAAUUGAUGUCUGAUGUUAGCAAGUGUUCUAAUUCUGUUGAGGCAUCAGGGUUUAAACACAAUUUUUCUUGCUCUGCUGUUCCAUUGAAUUCAGUCACAGGUUUUCUCUCUUUUCCUCUCUACCUACUCGAGUCAUAUGAGAAUCCAACAUGGUACUAGACACUGGUUAUAGCAACCCUUGCCGAGCUGGAAAUCGAGACGAACUCCAAUACGCGAAUUAUGAUAGUAAGUCUUGAGAACCAUCCUAGUGUCCAUUCUCCAUACAGUACACAGAGCCACUAUUUUGGUUAAAAAACUUGCACUCUUCAU